CAAUCCUUGAGAACAAUGAUGAAGCUUGUGUCUCAUGAGUUGUGUGCUCACAGAGGCAACACAACCAGGCCUUUUUUGUUUGCACAAAUGAGCGCUUUCUUUCACAGUGGCUAGACUCGUUACUCGCCCAAAAGUUUUUUUGGAGUGGAGGAUUUUGCAGAUUAUGACAAUAGCCGACCAUGCACGUACCAAAAGGGAAAAAAGUCAAAGAACCCACACAAGCAUGUUUCCUUCAAGCAAAGAACUGGGCCUUUCAUAGAGCCCUUCAUGCUUGACGUCUUCAUUUCAGCGCGAUAUGUUUCAGCUAGCAUCAAUCACACACAGAGUGACUUGCAUGCAGGUUGCAGUCGCGGGCACAAACUCAAAGGACAUAAAGGCUAUGCUGAAAUCAAGGUGUGACAUACCCGCAUGCUUGGCUGUUGGUCGGAUUUUGGCGGACAGAGCGAGAGAGGCUGAUGUGUACACCACUGCUUACACUCCCAGGGAUAGUGACAAGUUCGAAGGUAAAGUAAGAGCUGUGGUUCAGUCCCUCAUUGAAAGUGGCAUUGAUGUCAAUGUUUAUCUUGACUGAGACAGAUUUGAGGCGCGUUUGCCUCUCAUUUAUGGGAGUUUUUCGACAUUCAGAAGUAAACCUUCUUUUGUUUA